AUGGCUUGCGGCACGGGAAAGACGCGAGUUAUCCGGGAGCUGACUCAGAACGUCUCCGGCAAGGUGUUGAUCACCGUGCCUUCGCGCUUGUUGCUGGAGCAGUUUGCGGCAGAUUUCCCCAGCUUCUGCAAGGUGGGGACGGGCUACAACAAGCACAUCAACAGGUGUGCUUCUGGCUUCAUCGCGGUGACGAACUCUGUAAAUCUUCUCCAAGAUUGUGGAACCAAAGUCGUAUUCGUGGAUGAGGCUCACCAUCCGUUGCCUUCUGAAAUGCCUGAAUGUGAGGAGCUCUUCCUUUUCUCAGCAACUCAUUCGAUGAAGACAGACUAUGAAUAUGGCAUGGGACAAGCUAUCCAGGAAAGGGUCCUGUGCGACUACGAUCUCACAGUACCGAUGAUCACCGAGGGUCAUCCAUAUUCGAGCCUUGCGAGGCUUCUGCAGUCGAGCCAGGGUCGCUUCAGGAGGGUGCUGGCAUAUUGCAACUCUGUGGCUGAAGCUCAGCGCGCACAGCAGAUCUUCGCGACAUUUGGCAUAGCUGUCUGGCACAUCAACUCAGAGACGAGUCGUCUCAAGAGGCAACGUGUCAUUCAAGAGUUUUCGGGCGACUUGCAGCGACCCGUUCACGUCCUUGUGACAGUGCAGGUGCUGGGCGAAGGCGUGAACAUCCCCAACGCAGAUACCUGCAUGUUCGUGCAGCCACGCAACAGCUACACCAGCAUAGUUCAAGCGGUUGGCCGUAUCUUGCGACAGCACAUUUGCAAACCCAUGGCUCAUGUCAUUCUUCCAGCAGUGGCUGUGUUCUCCAAGGAACCCCUAGCUGCUUGUGAGUCGAACACCGGAGGAGGUCGCUUGUCAGAACCGGAUAUUUUCCGGAGUGCCACCCAGACUGAAUCGCAAGCUGCUCCUGAAUUUGCUGCAGAGCGGCGUGCGAACCGCCAGGCGAGCAUUGAUGCCACAGAGCCGAUAUCUGCAUUUCUCGGUCAAUCCAAAAAGCUGGGCAGCAGUGAAAGCAAGGCAAGUUCAGAAGUCUUUGCCUUCCCACGUGCAGCCGAGAAGCAGAGGC